AUGAACCGUCUCGAUCUCCGAUCAAGCCAGUCGUCGUAUGGCGACCCAAGGCAUUACUCCGCCAAUUCCUUUGGCGCUCCGCAGCCGCCCCCAAAGACUCUCGUGGACGGCUAUCGAGGCGACUUCGACAAUCAAAAUGCCGAGACUACGCGAUUCAAUCCACUCAACCCGGCGCAUCCCCAGAGCUCCGCCCUCCUGAACACCAAUGACCCCGUCGCCAUGUAUCUAUUGACGGAGACCGCCAUGGGGGACAGCAAGAACUAUGAGAUAUUGUCGUUGGAGGAGGUGGAAGGCCUGAAGAAAGAACACAAGUUCCUGUCGGGUCGUCUGGAUGCGGCUAAGCGGAAAUUGGCCCUGGAAACGAAACUCCGUGAUGCGGCGAUGUCUCUGAGUAGACUGUACAACUCCAAGAGUCCUCGGGUCAGCGACGAGUAUGAUUCCGGUGGCUCCCCGAAGUCCAACCGUAGUCGCAGAAGUGUCUUCGGCCGCAGCGGUGGUUCUGGUCCGCUGGAUAAGUCGGACGGCGAGCUCGCUGUGAGUGCGCGUAAGUGCGAGGACCUCUCGCAGGAAAUCUGGAACUUGGAACGGAGGGUGCAGCAGAUCCAGAAGCGACUGCUGGAGCACACGGCUGGUAUCUUGCAGAUGACCCAUAAGGGCUUGAAGAAGAACAACAACAAUAUCCCGCACACCCCGGAAAGUCUCUCGAGCCGCAACACCCGCGAUAGCGUGGACGAAUUCGACGAUCGAAGCUUAUACAAACCGUCCGAUCAUGUCCAUGAGCUGAAUGGGCAGGGUCCACGUGCAACGGGGACGGCCAACGGUACCGAACAGAUGCCCGGUGGUCUGGAUGCGCUGCACAACAUGGAGAGACGACUGGAGGAGAUGAGUGAACGGAUGCGCGGCAUGAUUUUGGAAUCCAACCCCAAUAGUGACUUUCACUCAAUCCCGCCUCCGUCGAACAACGGUGGCCCGGUAAACCCGACGGCAAUGGUUGAAGCACACCUUGCUUACAUUGAAGACGGACUUGGUGCCCUCGCUACCCAGCCAGCCGGUGCACCCUCCUCAAAAGAAGGUGACUACGAGACGGAACAAAAACUGGAGGAAAUAAACGCCCAGCUGCACCAUAUUGUAAGCCAGUCCGGGCUGUCUCGGGCGCAACCAUUACCGCCGCCUCCCCAGUCAUCUAAUGCAGAUCUGACGGAACAACUUUCCUAUCUCAGUCUGGGCGUGGACAACAUCCAGCAGCGAAUGGAAGGAUUUUUGGAGCAAAAGAGCAUCCUCACGACGCAGAUCCAGCAGCAGCGUGAGCUGAACUCCAAGUCGGAUGCGCAAAGAGACGCACACAUCGCCGAUUUGAUCGAGCAGUUGGCCCAUGUCAAGAAAGACCUCGAGCUGGCGGAACGCGAGGGCGAGCAAUCAAGGGAUCAGUUGAACUUUACCAUGGAGCAGCUGGAGGCGGCGCGUGGACAGCAGCCAGAGCAGCAAAUGCGCAGCAUCCCGGAGGAACACUCGGUCGCUCUGACAUCCGAAAAAGAGUCUCGCGCACAAGCCGAGGCUGAGGUCUCCCGUCUGCAGACCGUCUUGCGUGAGCUUGAGCGUGAAAAAGAAAUCCUGGAAGAUUCUCACAAAGCCAGCGCGCAGGCAGAGACGGAAAUUGUGCGCCUCCAGGGAAUCAUUCAGGAACUGCAACAUGAGAAGGAGACUCUCGCCGACUCUCACGAAGCCCGCAUGCACGCAGAGGCCGAGGUUGCACGCCUUCAGGGAGUGAUCCAAGAGCUGCAGCAUGAAAAGGAAGUUUUGGCAGAAUCGCAAGAGGCUCGCUUGCACGCAGAGGCCGAAAUCACGCGACUGCAGGGAGUUAUCCAGGAAUUGCAGCGCGAGAAGGAUAUUCAGUCAGACGCCCAUGAGGCUCGUCUUCGUGCCGAGGCCGAAAUUACACGUCUACAGAGCGUCACGCAAGAGCUUCAGCAUGUGAAGGAAGCUCAGGAGGAGGCUCAAGAAGCGCGCCUCCGCGCAGAAGCCGAGAUCGCACGUCUGCAGGGUGCCAUGCAGGAUCUCCAUCACGAAAGAGAGGCGCAGGCCGAUUCUCACGAAGCGCGCCUCCGCGCGGAGGCAGAGGUCACUCGCUUGGAAGCCCACCUCCAACAGCUACAGUCUGGGUCUGAUACACAUGAAGAGCAGCUGAGUAUGGUGCGGUCACAGGCGGAUGCUGAAACGGCGCGUUUGCAGGCCGCAAUUGAUCAGCUUCAUCGGGACGCCGAUGCAAAGGCGGAAGAAGCGGCGGAAGCUCGCGAACGCGCCGAACAGCGGAUUUCACAGCUGGAGGAUACGAUGCAGCAGAUCCGCAGCGAAGCUGAUGCUCGUGUCCAAGAAGCCACGGACAAGCGCUCACAAGCCGAGAAUGAAAUCGACCGGCUGGAAGCUUCUAUGAAUCAACUUCGCGCCGACAUCGAAUCGCAGCUGCGGGAGGCAACCGAAGGCCGCACUCAUGCCGAGGAGAAUGCUCAACGCUUGCAGGGCGAGCUGACCGAGCUGGAAGGAGAGGUUGUCAGAGUUCAGACAGAGUUGACGAUGGCCAAAGCCGAGCUCGAUGGCGCAUACGGCUCGCGUUCUCAACGCGCGGCGAACAUCGCCGCCAACCCUGCCAUCCAGAAAGAGUUCGAUGAACUACAUACGAGAAACUUUGAACUGGCCCAGGAGCUUGCAAGUCUGAAGGCCGGCAAGCCUGGUCAUAACGGCAACCUGCAGCACCGUGCCGAUACGUUGGAGAGGGAGCUCCGAGAAACCAUUGAUGACUAUGAGACUAUGACCAAGGCCAGCAUUGAGUUCGAAAAGGAGCGCGAGCGAUUUGAAGGCCACAUUGACAGCCUCCGUGACCGCUGCGAGCAGCUAGAGACGCAGCUCAACGAGGAGCGCAUUACCUGGAUGGGCAUCCACAACCCCUCUAUGGGACGCGACGGCACCUAUGAGACUACUUCGACCAUGGUGUUGAAGAAUGAGUUCAAGAAGAUGAUGAGGGACACUCGAGUUGAGAACAUGAAGAUCCUGAAGGCGGAACACGAAGAACGUCGCAGACUCGAGGCUUUGAUCCGAGAUUUGAAGAAGGAGCAAGCAAAUGCCACCGGCAAACCCGGCGUUGACCAGAGCGUCACGGCUUUAUGA